AUGAAGUUUGCCAUCACUCUGUUUCCAUCCCAGCUGAAAUCCCAGGCUGCGGGCAAUGUGGAGGAGCUGCGGUGUCUGCAGGUGCUCAAUCAGCAGCCUGAGGGCUCCAGCCUGGAGAAGCUGAGCAGCAGCCAGGCCUGCCUCAAGCUGGCCAACAAAGCCUAUGUGGCCACGGUGACCGAGGACAUCAUCCGCAGGAGCGUGGUGAAGGCCACGUUCAUUUGUCCAGAGGCUGGGGAAACAGGGCCAUGGCACACACAGAUGUGUUGGUUGAUGACUGACGAGACAUUUCCAUCCCUCGAUAAUCUUUUGCUCUGGUGGGUCAGUGGGGCAUUUUCUGCCCUGCUGGCAUGGGGCCGGGUGUCCCCACACUGUUCUUACAGCAUCUGUCCCUUUCCUGCAGAGGCCUCUCGGAGCUACUUCAACACCUCGGAGGGGCAACUUCCUGUGUACUCGCAGAUCUACUUCCGCUCCCGCGGUGCCGGCCGCGACUCGGGCCCUCAGCUCGUGCAGUGCAUCCAGUGGCAGCCGGCCCACAGCCCGCCCGUGCUGCUGCUCAAGGGCAUGGGCACCAAGUGCUGGGCGCCCGAGGCUGACUACGGGCUCCACGCGUUCUACCAGGGGGGUCUCUUUGAGCUCAAGGCUGGGGACGAGCUCUUCGUCUCCGUCUCCUCCUUGGCCAUCGACUCCAGUGACGCAGCAGCCAGUUACUUUGGGGCCUUUCAGCUCGACCUGUGA